CUCUCUCUCCCCCCUCUCUCUCUCUCUCUCCAAUAGUCUCUUCACCAACUAGGAAGCGCACAGUCACCGCUCCAUGAUUCGCGCACCGACCGGCCUGCCCCCGCGCACCUCUCUCCUCGAGCCGCUCUCUCUGUCCGUCUCUCUGCCGGUCUGUCCGUCCGUCCGACCGUCCGUCCGUCCUCGUCCACACCAUUCGGUAGCGGAUCUUCCGUGUGUAGAUGUAGACGGUAACCGGAGCUCUCACAGUGGGAGACGGCUGUCGCCUUUUUGCGCCAUGGAUGACCGCUGUUCCCCGGAAAGAGAGAGGAUGGAAGCGUGGCUGGACGACCACUUGGAGUUCACUCACUCCUACUUUAUCAGGAAGGCGUCAAGGGAGAUGGUAAAUGCCUGGUUCGCUGAGCGCGUCCACUCCAUCCAGCCAUCUGCCUCCAAAGAAAAUCCUCCACAGCAGCGGGCCCACCAAUCCUCCGCAGACUCCACCGCCCCCUCUGCCUCCACCAUACUCCCACCCACCGUCAGCCUCCUGGACAGCCGCUGUCCAUCUCCGGCCACGGUCUCCAGCCCGGCCCCCGGGACCCCGACUCGCAAAAUCUCAGCAUCAGAGUUCGACCGCCCACUCAGACCCAUUGUGGUCAAAGACUCUGAGGGCUCCCUGACGUUCCUGAGCGACGCCGACCGCGACACCGUCCCCCUCAGGGGCUCAGUGAUGGGUGAGGGUGGUGUCAGCGGGGGGGGUAACGGAGGCGGAUGCGCCGGGACGGGUAGUGGCAGCGGGGGCGACCGCUGCGCCAGGCUGCUGGAGCUGGUGAAGGAUGUGUCGAGUCAUCUGGACGUGACAGCACUCUGCCACAAGAUCUUCCUCCACAUCAACGAGUUGAUCGCUGCAGACCGUUACUCGCUGUUCCUGGUGGGCGAGGACAGCUGCAACAGGAAGUUCUUGGUGAGCCGCCUCUUCGAUGUAGCCGAGGGUUCCACACUGGAGGAGUCCUCCAGUAGCUGCAUCCGGCUCGAGUGGAACAAGGGCAUCGUGGGACAUGUAGCCGCCACGGGACAGCCACUCAAUAUCAGGAACGCUUAUGAGGACCCGCGGUUUAACGCUGAAGUGGACUUGAUCACAGGUUACAAAACCCAGAGUAUCCUUUGCCUUCCCAUCAAGAACCACAGAGAUGAGGUCGUCGGAGUGGCUCAGGCUAUCAAUAAAAAGUGUGGCGAGGACGGUGCCUUCACUGACCAGGAUGAAAAGGACUUCUCAGCCUACCUGGCCUUUUCGGGCAUCGUCCUGCACAACGCUCAGCUCUACGAGACGUCGCAGCUGGAGAACAGACGCAAUCAGGUGCUGCUGGACCUGGCCAGUCUCAUCUUCGAGGAGCAGCAGUGUCUGGAGGUUUUGCUGAGGAAGUUCGCGGGAACCAUCUUGUCCUUUAUGCAGGCUCAGGCUUGUACCGUUUUCAUCACCGACGAGGACUCCAUGAACUCCUUCUCCAGUGUCUUUCACAUGGAAAACGAGGAGCUGGGUGAAGUCCUUGAUGCCCCCAAAAGGGACUGUGAUGUCAGUCAGAUUAACUACAUGUACGGCCAGUAUGUCAAGAACACCAUGCAGCCUCUCAACAUCGCAGAUGUCACCAAGGACCAACGCUUCCCCUGGACGAGUGAGAACCCAGAUCACACCAGCAACCAGAUUAAGAGCUUGCUGUGCACUCCCAUCAGGAAUGGCAAGAAGGACAAAGUUAUAGGUGUGUGUCAGCUUGUUAAUAAGAUGGACGAAGCGUCGGGCAGCGUGAGGGCCUUCAACAGGAACGACGAGCAGUUCCUCGAGGCUUUUGCCAUCUUCUGCGGCCUCGGCAUCCAGAACACGCAGAUGUACGAAACGGUGGAGAGAGCCAUGGCCAAGCAGGAGGUCACUCUGGAGGUCUUGUCGUAUCACGCCAGCGCCGCCGAGGAAGAAUCGCGGGAACUCCAGGUAACCGCGGUAACCACAGUGCCAUCAGCCCAGUCCUUGGGUAUUCUGGACUUCAGCUUCAGUGACUUUGACUUGUCAGACACAGAAACCACGCUGGCUACCAUCCGCAUGUUUGUCGACCUCAACCUCGUCCAGAACUUUCAGAUGAAGUACACGAGUUUAUGCCAGUGGGUUCUGAGUGUGAAGAAGAACUACAGAAAGCACGUGGCUUACCACAACUGGAGACAUGCCUUCAACACGGCCCAGAGCAUGUUUGCCCUUCUCAAGUCAGGACGCCUACAGAAUAACCUGAGUGAUCUGGAGGUCUUGGCUCUGAUGAUUGCAACUCUCAGCCACGACCUGGACCACAGAGGAGUUAACAACUCCUACAUCCAGAGGAGCGACCACCCACUGGCCCAGCUCUACUGCCACUCGACAAUGGAGCAUCACCACUUCGACCACUGCCUGAUGAUCCUCAACAGCCCCGGAAACCAGAUCCUGAGCAGUCUCUCCCUGGACGAGUACAAGGCCACUCUGAAGAUGAUCGAGAGGGCUAUUCUGGCCACUGACCUGGCUCUGUACAUGAAGAGGCGAGGGGAGUUCUUUGAGCUCACCAAGAACAGCCAGUUUGUUUGGGAGGAUGAACAUCACAGAGACUUGCUGAGGUCAAUGCUGAUGACUGCAUGCGACAUCUCAGCCAUCACCAAGCCCUGGCCAGUUCAAAAAAGGAUUGCGGAGCUGGUAGCAACUGAGUUCUUCGAGCAGGGGGAUAAGGAGAGACGCGAGCUGAACAUUGAGCCCAGUGACCUGAUGAAUCGUGAGAAAAGAGAUAAGAUUCCCAGCAUGCAGGUGUCCUUCAUUGAUGCCAUCUGCACACAGUUAUACGAGACCUUGGCUGGCAUGUCAGAGUACUGUUCUCCGUUGUUGGAAGGAUGUCAGACAAACCGGCAGCAUUGGAAGCGUUUGGCCGAAGAGUGUGAGAAGGGACUGGUCAACGGCUUGGUGUGAUUUUUUUUUGUUUUACACCGACACAAUUAUCCAGGGAUAACCCUGUGCAACCUGGUCUCACAAAAUGUAAUGAAAUUGGCAUGAUACCGAUAAGGACAACUGAUGUUUUGUUUUUUUUAUGCGCAGAAAGUGUGUAUAAAAUUCCUUUCCCAACCAGAAAAGAUUAUGUGGUAAAAAAGAAAGAAAAAAGCGAAAACUCUGUUUUCUGCCACUUCGAGAGUAAUAACAACUGACAAAUUCAGUCUUAUUGCGACUCCCUCCUAUCUGUAAUAAGAAAGUUGUACUCACCAAGCUCAGAUCCUGGAACGUGGCAGCAUCACAUAAAAGGACUAACCUACUUUACUUUGGCUACUUUGAAUACGUAACGUAGGUGGACAGUUUGCCAACAGAUGCUUCCUGUCACCUGCUUUUUUUGUUUUCUUAUCGCUGAAAAGACAGAUUGAAAUAGCAGACAGAAUGCAGGGGAAUUAAAAAAGUAAAUGAUAAAAAAAAUAAAUAAAUGUUGGGCAAUAACCAGUGACAUAACGCGCAUAUUGGCUUCUUUGUAUCGAGCACGGCUCCCGACUUUGGGUCUCGAUCCACUUGUUCGAAGUUAUUUUUCCAGUGUCAGCUGGCAGUUGGUCAUUAACUUAAUUCAUUACAAAACUCUGCAAAUAAGUUGAAGUUUUACAGCGCGGCCCAAAUAUGUCAGGCUAUCUGUCCAGUGUACGAAGCUCAAGUACCAUGCUAGCAGUCAGGCUUCAGACUACCUUGGCACAGCGCUGGUUCGAGCUAAAUGCUAACAUAUGUACGCUAACAGGUUCACAAUGACAAUGCUAGCAUGCUGAUGUUUAGGGGACAGUGGGUGAGGCACUACAUGUUUCCGGUAUUCAUCGUCUAAUUUUGUGUUGUGCUCUAAACACAAAGUAAUACAUAUUUAAAUAGCGCGCUGAAAUGUGUUUUUAAAAACAAACAAUUGUUAAUUACUAUUAUUAUUUUUAAUUAUUAUUAAUUACCUAAACAAUUCAUUUAGUAACUAAAUUAGCAACUAAAUUUAUCAAUUAAUGCCUUGCUUCAUAUUUUUUAUUGUCCUCAGUCGCCGUGUUCCCAGAUCUCAGCGACACCUACAAUGAGUACACAACAGAUAGAAAUAAUGGCCAAAUUGAUACAUUGUCUCGAAUUUAGCUGAUAUCUAGCCCCCAUGACAAACAUAUUGCUCACAACACCUCCACCGUCCUUGUUUCCGAGGUCGUGCCCAGUUUGGGCCGCGCCCUCUGAAACUUGUCUUCCCGUCGCCACCGUCCCUCCAUGGCUUUCACUCGACAGUCACCACUAAGCUAUAUUUAUUACCAUAGCCAUUUUUAUUUUUGCACAGAGUGACUUUCAUCGUGAAGUCUCACCUACACUAUAUCUCUCUCACGCACACUGAAUGGUAAGACGUAGAUCUCUGAGGAUCGGCACCAUUACGGUGGGAUACAGAUGUUGUGCUCGCGCUGUCUUUACAGCGCCACUGUAGUCUGAUGAUCUUAAGUAUGUGUUUGUUCACAGCACACAAUGCUACGAGGGUUUGAGUCUUUUGCGAGUCAUUUUUUUUUUUUUCACUCGUCUUAACUAUUGCAUAUUUAUUUUUUGUUUUGUAUAUUUAUUAGAGUUUCUAUAUUGUGAGGUCAUCGUUUUCAUCAAGAGCACACAAUUCUUUAUAUUGGAAAUGUAGUUUUAAUACUUAACAAGUAAUCCCAUCUCUGCUUUUUCAAGGACCUCUCUUAGUUACAACUCUUCAGAUGACAUUUGGAAAUGUACUGUAUUGUGUUUGAUUUUUAUUUUUUUUUUUUAAUGUAUAAGAGCCAAAGACUAGGCCGACAAUUUCAAAUGGAAAUGGGUCUAGAUUUUUCCACUGCCUUGUUGUGAUAAAUAGGACCAAUUCACUACUAAACGAAAAAUCUGUAUUUGUCCAUAUGCUUUUCCCCUAUGAGAGGUUGUUUUAUACAUCCCAUUUUUAUAACUGAAUGGAGUAAAGUUUGUGUUGAAUUGAA